UCUUUCUUUGCUGGCCGUUGAUGAGGUCCAUCUCUGACUACUAUUUAACUCCCCCUAGCCAGACAUCUUACUAUCUCAAAGUUUCUACAUGCUCUUGCAGGAGUGAAUUAGCUUCACAAGCAAAGCUGUGGAGGUUCAAUUUGGAACCAAUGUCUACCACACAAGCACACAAUUCUAUACCACCUGGAAAUGCAUUGAGGGCUAUGAGAGAUCCAAUGACAUUUGCACCUUACACGCCUGGCAAUAGACAGUAUUACCUUGAUGUAUGUGUGCCGCUCAAUAAGUAUGCACUAAAAGGCAAUUGGGAAGCUGUUGAACUAAUCUUGAGGAAGGACCCGAGGCUUUUGACUGCUAGCAUAACAAGCGGAGGUGACACAGUCCUUCACAUAGCAGCAGGAGCAAGACAAGUUCAGUUUGUGGAGGAGCUGGUUGAAAUGAUGGAAGUAUGGAUUGGAACGGAGAAAUGUUCACAAGCCUUGGCAAAGCAAGGCACGAACGGAAACACUGCCUUCAGCAUUGCCGCUGCAGCUGGAAGUAUUGAAAUUGCACAGAUUAUGAUGAAGAAGAAUGAGCAUUUGCCAAAAAUUCGAGGUGGUGAAGGAAUGACACCACUCUAUACGGCUGCCUUGUCGGGACAAUCUCUAAUGGCAGAUUACUUGUACUCUCUAACCAAGGACAUGUUGGAGGAAGCCGACCGGCAACUGUUGUUUUUAACUUGUAUCGAUAAUGGAUUGUAUGAUCUAGCUAGGAAGAUGCUAGAAAGUGACAGAGCAUUAGCUAAGGUUCGUAAUAUAAAAGAGGAAACAGCUUUGCAUAUCUUGGCUAGAAUGCCUUUAGAAUUCACCAGCCAAAGUCCAGGAAUGUGGAGUAGACUCAUCACCUCAUUUAUCCCAGGUUGGAAGUUCUCAUACAAGAGAAACUUGAAACAAGUCAAUGAAGGCCUUCAACUAGUCCAAUGUGUCUGGACAGAAAUCUUGAGAAAUGAUCAUGUCGAUAUGAUGAGAUUAAUUGAACAGCCUACAAAAUUACUGUUCGACGCUACAAAAUUAGGAAAUUAUGAGUUCCUAGCAGUGCUUAUUAGCUCUUAUCCUGAUUUAAUAUGGCAACUUGAUGACAAAAAUCGGAGUAUAUUCCAUGUUGCUGUUUUGCAUCGUCAUGCAAGUAUCUUUAAUUUAGUGCAUGAGAUAGGCUCCAUCAAGGAUUUCAUAGUGACAUUUACUGAUGAUGAUGAGAGUAAUAACAUUUUACAUAUGGCUGCAAAAUUAGCACCUCCAAAUCAACUCAACCUUGUAUCAGGCGCAGCUCUUCAAAUGCAGCGAGAGUUGGUAUGGUUUGAGGAAGUAAAAAAGAUUGUACAACCUUGCUCUAUAGAGAUGAAAAACAAGAAAGGACAAACACCACGAGAAUUGUUCACAAGUGAGCAUAAAGGAUUGUUGCACCAAGGAGAAGCAUGGAUGAAGCAAACUGCAAAGUCAUGUAUGAUUGUUGCGGCUCUUAUCGCAACUGUUGUGUUUUCAGCUGCAUUUAGCGUACCUGGUGGUACAUCUGAUAAUACAGGGCAGCCAAACUUUCUAAAAGAGACUGCCUUCCAAUUCUUUGCCAUAGCAGAUGGAGUAGCACUCAUAUCCUCUUUCACUUCAAUACUGAUGUUCUUGCUCAUCCUCACAUCGCGUUAUGCUGAAGGUGAUUUCCUCAAAUCAUUACCGUUGAAGUUGAUGAUAGGACUCACAUCACUUUUCAUCUCUAUAGCAUCCAUGAUGGUAGCUUUUAGCACAACCUUCUAUUUAGACUGUCACCAUGGCUUAGAAUGGGUCCCCAAUCUUAUAUUUGUAUUUGUAUUUGCAUUUGUACCGGUUGCUUUGUUUGCUUUUCAGCCUUUUCUGCAGUUUCCUCUCAGGACCUCUCUCGUCUGAUAUGUUUUCUUCAACGUAUUGUUCAAGUCUUUUAUUUCAACCAUGGAAACAUAUGAUCGACUAGAAAGUCAGAGGCUGUAUUUUUUGUACAUGUAUUAGAGAAAUGGAGCUGUUUUAGUUCGCGCA